AUGGGACCUCACCUGCGCCCCUCAGUAAGAGAUCGCGGUGGUACAGAAUGGACAGUGCGUGAAGUCCUGCCUGACCCCCUUCUUGCUGUUGAUUGGGGGGUGACGCUGUUGUCAGGAGAUUCGUCAAUGGGAUUUCUGCUGCAAACUCUGCAUCUGUACGAUGGGACUGAUCCCCCUCUCCCUGGGCAACCUGUGGAUCGGGCCUGGUUUGCAGAGGGCCUUCUAGAGGGGUCUCUGCCGGGAUGUUUUAUUGCCCUGCCACUGGUGGUGAGUGGGAACGUCCAAUUGGAAGAUGUGGAGCUAAUGCAUUCACUUGGAGUUAAUUCCUACAGAUUCUCCAUUUCAUGGUCAAGAGUCCUUCCAAGUGAUAGACUUGGAGAGAUUAAUCCCAUGGGAAUUGAAUUCUACAACAAGCUCAUAAAUGCCCUCCUACACAAAGGGAUACAACCAUUUGUCACAUUGAACCAUUAUGAUAUUCCUCAAGAACUUGAAAACCGAUAUGGAUCAUGGUUGAAUCCUGAGUGCAGGGAAGACUUUGGAUAUUUUGCAGAUGUGUGUUUCAGAGCUUUUGGAGAUAGAGUGAAGUACUGGGUCACCUUUAAUGAACCAAAUUAUAUGGUGUUAUUCGGUUACCUCACCGGGAUUUACCCACCCCAUCAUUGUUCCAAGAUGUUUGGUGAUUGUCAAUUUGGAGACUCUAAAACAGAACCAUACAUUGCAGCACACAAUGUAAUAUUAUCACAUGCAACGGCUGUUGACAUCUAUAGAAAAAAAUAUCAGGUUGAACAAGGGGGUAUGAUUGGGAUUGUGAUGAACACCUUCUGGCAUGAACCGCUUAGAAAUAUUUCAGCAGACCGAUUGGCAGUUCAAAGGGCUCUUUCAUUUUUUAUUGGAUGUUUCACUCUAUAUGUUUUAGAAACAUUUGUUCUAACAAGGGCAAUGGAAAUUGUCCAUUUAAAUGUUCUUGUAUCCCACACCAUCAUAUAUGUCUGUUGUUCAUGA